ACCUUCCGUCUACUGAAGGAGGGGGGAGCUGACGCGCCCCGAGUCCUGGAAUUGAAGUUCCUUCAUGAGAAGACACAGGCACUCUUCCCCGUGGGUCCCGUGAGCGCCUCUCAUGGGGGGACCUACAGCUGCUACUUUUCUCCGGCCUCCUACCCUUACGUGUGGUCACACCCCAGUGCCCCUCUGCACCUGCAGAUCACAGGUGCCUACAGGGAGCCCACCCUCUCAGCCCAGCCGGGCUCGCUGUUGCAGCCUGGAGACAACCUGACCCUCCAGUGUCACUCAGAAGACGGAUUUGACACAUUCGCUCUGACGAAGGACCAGGGGCUCACACCUCCUGUGCGUCUACAUGGGCAGCCCAGCCCCGACUUCCCCCUGGGCCAUGUGAACUCCACCCAUGGGGGCCGGUACACAUGCUAU